GUGGUGCGGGAGACCCGGGCAAUACACACACACACACACAUAAAUGCGCAUGUCCGUGUUUUCACCUCCUCUCCUCUGUUGGCAGAGAACCAGGCAGCAUGAAGACCCUGACUGGGUUUUGUGGACUGGUGUCGGCUCUCGUCCUCGUCCUCGGCCUCUCGGAGCAGACGGAGAGCCAAUGGACACCACUUACUCCACAAGCAACAGACUGCACGCAUAUUAAGGCUCUCUCACCAAGCGCAUCCAGCGGCCUUUACUUCGUCCAGCCGCCGGGCGCGUGGUCUCCCUUCCAGGUGUACUGCGAGAUGCGUCCCGACGGAGGCUGGACCGUGUUUCAGAGACGCAGCGGCGGCGCGGUGUCCUUCAACAGGAACUGGGCGGCGUACAAAAAUGGCUUCGGGAACCUGAAUGCGGAUCACUGGCUGGGUCUGAGUAAGGUCCACUCUCUGACCAAGGACCAGACGAGGAGGUGGACCUUGCGGGUCGACCUGUGGGACUACGAGGAAGGAACCGCCUACGCCGAGUACAGCGACUUCCGUCUGGACUCGCAGACCGAAGCCUACAAGCUCCACGUCGGAACAUUCCGGGGAGAUGCAGACGCCAUCCGCGGGGCGUACGCGGGCAUCGACCAGAACGGCUCGGGCUUCAGCACGUUCGACCGGGACAAUGACGGCUGCUCGCCCUGCAUCUUCGGCGACAUCGCCGUAGCGGCCUGCAGCAGAACGGAGGGCGGCGGCUGGUGGUUCAGCAGGUGCGGCUCGGCCAACCUGCACGGGGACUGGCACCCGGCCGGCGACAACAUUGGCUGGGCGUCCGGCCUCCACUGGGACACGUGGAAAGGCGCCGCCCCCUAUUCGGCACGCGCCACCCGCAUGAUGAUCAGGUCGGCGUGAGAGGGUCGCUCCUCCGUCCCGACACACCGGCCGAAAGACGAGUUUGAAAUGAAGAAAGGCUUUGACCAGUCACAUUUACGUUGGUUAUACGGUGUCAGAUCAGCCACGUGUGCACAGUAAACUUCAGCAUCUACACAGAAGUUUCCAUGUAGCAUAGGAGUACAUGUAGCAUAGUAGUACAUGUAGCAUAGGAGUACAUGUAGCAUAGGAGUACAUGUAGCAUAGGAGUACAUGUAGCAUGGAAGUACAUGUAGCAUAGUAAUAGUAGUACAUGUAGCAUAGGAGUACAUGUAGCAUAGUAAUAGUAGUACAUGUAGCAUAGGAGUACAUGUAGCAUAGAAGUACAUGUAGCAUG